AUGCAUCGAUCUAUAGACGAUGUCAGCCCACACGCUAGCUGCUCCGAUACUGCUAGUAACGCUCAUUGUCAUCGCACUAGCGAUACUGUAAAAUCUCGGAUACGUCCAAACAACGGUCGUAGCAAGCAACAUUCGUCUGGUUCUAAAAAUAUUGCCAGCCAUGCAAAUGCGGGGAAUUGUGAAUCGGGCAGCGAUGGGCUGCCCGCUGCUGCUGCUGCUGCUAGACAGCAAUCCAUUCCUUCUGUCAAUCCAACUCCAUCUGUGAAUAACAAAUCUACUAUUUUAUCAAAAAACAAUCUACCGCCAUCUGCUCUCAAUGACAAAUGGCAGACCAAAUUUCAAGAACAGUAUCGAGGCAGUCGCUCUAGACAUGCUCUCCCUUAUUCGACUUAUGCAACCAUGGCUUCAGCUAUAGAUAAUCCCAACCCCUCAAAAGGUCGCAUGUCAGAAUCAACUGCUGCAAAACUGAAUGCAUUGCGACCCAAACUACUUGGAAUGGCUUUUGCUCCUUGGAGUAUACUGGAAUACAUGACAUUUACUGGCCCACCAUUGGAGUAUGGCGGAAAUACCACGAGCGAAUCUCGUUCACCUCGCGAUAAACAUGCUCGGAAUCCAUCUGCAUUUCCUUCCAAAUCACUGCAAUCUGCUCAUCCUGCUUUAGAAACUCACUACAAACUUCGUGCUUCUGAUACAGGCUCUUCGUCAUUGUCCAAAUCUGCUUCCGUCCCACUUGGAAAGCAUGAAUCAUCUGCUCAACUAUCAACUGUGGCGCGUAGCUCCACCAAUCCACCUUUGCGUGGUGGCGAUGAUUGCAGUGCUGCCAUGCGUGAUUCCAUCUCUGAUAGAACAUUCUCUGAUUCUUUGUAUAUAUCCACUGGAAAACUUAAUUCUGACCGCGAUUCUCGCCUCACUACUGCGCUUGCUACAGAGUCUUUGAACAGUGUCGAAAAAGAUAAAUGUGCUUUACUCUCAGAUUCUGAUCUUAAACAAUCCAUCAGAUAUAAAUCUGCCCCAUUGAAUGUUUCUGCUAUGGAUCCUGUCAUUGUUAUAAACGAUGGGUACAUGUCAAGUGAUGCUAUCAAACCAGAUAUGUCAUUCAAACAAGUCGAUGGUGCUGUGUCUACUCUCAAGUCAACUCCACUAGAAUCCCCUCGAUUGGCUACUGCCCAGACUACUGGAACAGCUUCUGAUACCAAUUUUAAACCCCAAAAUAAGCCUGUUGCACGGCCUGCAUAUUCUUUUGGAAAAAUCAAACAAAAGACUUUGGCUGAUUCGAAACAAAGUCAACCACAAGCAACUAUAAUCAACACAGAAAACCAAAAACUAGAAUGUCAUGGCAGCUCUAAUGCGUCGAGUGCUUCUAUGGGUCAAUCUGCUCACAACGAUCCAAAAAAAGAAUUCAACGUAUUACUAAUCAAAGGAUGGGAACAGGUACACAAGAGACUGCACAGUGUGGUGAUCAAGAUUCCCAUCAAUUUUAAUACACGAGGUACACACUCUUUUACAGCAGCAUCUCCGGUCAAACCUUUGACUGAAACUGACUGGCGUCAGUUGGGAAUUCAUCAUAAGCGAAGUGGAGAUGCCAACAAUCUUCGAAUCAAGAAUUCGUCCAGGGGAUCUCCUAGAUACAAACAGGCUCGCGUUAUGCAGUGUUUGCAUUAUUCUGCAAGUGUGAUUUGUUUUAUGAUGACUACUUCUAUCAGAGACGAAGCUUCUGGGACCAACUCUUAUGUGAAUGCAUGUCCAAGCAAGGAAACGUGUGUAGACUCGCUGCUUAAAGCAGCGUUUGGUCUUAUGCGAUCCGAAGAUUGGGAUCCAUUGCAUAGUCUACUGCUUCGAUGCCAUGCAAGUUUAAUUACUCGCGCAUUGAAUUUCACUCAAAGAGCAUAUCAGAAUCAACAACGAGACAAAACUCGUCUUCAACGAAAGCUCGACGACACAACUAUUCCUAAUGAUAUUGCCAGACUUGAUACUGAGCUUCAAAAGAUUUCUGCUCAAAUCUAUGCCAAUGCAACUUGGUAUACGGAAAUGAGUGGGUUUGUCGUAUCUACCAUGAAACAAGCUGGUAAACUAUGUCCAGAUUUCCAUCAAAUGUUUCAUGCUUAUAUGCUUAAAGGCCCCAUUUCUGCUGAUAGCAAACCGGUAGUGAUUUGUGAGACUGCGAAUCAUAUUCUUGAAGCCUUUGCUGCUUCUAGAUUCCCAGACUUUUUUUUUGAAUUCUUUCCUGAAUGCUUGACGACCAUGUCUUGA